AUGGGGAAUAAGCCUUAUAAUUUGAAUUUUCGAAAAUGUAGAUUAGUAAGGAUUAUGAGUUCAUUUCAACUUCUGCUAGGGGGGCUUGUUAUAUUUGUAAGUCUUUCGACUUUAUUUAGCUUCUAUUCUGUUGGAUUUUUCAUGCAUAAUGAAGAUAUAUGUCGCCAUUUCUAUGGCGUGUAUGAUGGUUUUGACAUUAGAUCAUUAUCUGCUCGUGUUGAUGAAGUUCUUAAUAAGAUGGAAACUCUACAAGACAAGCUAGAAUUGAUAGUAAAGCAGAUGGACAAAGCUAAAGUUGACGAGUUGUCUAGUAGCAACAUUUCGAGAUUGGAGUACAAGAGAUUGUUAGAAGAAGAUGUGAUUAGGCCUCUGUCUUCCGCGCAAAUUGCCCUUAGGCAAAUUAGGUUGCCAAGAGUUGAAGGAAUUGGAAGUGUUAAAGAAGAUCCUUUGAUUAAUACGUUUGUGAUUGAGGAGAUCAGGAAGUAUAUAACACCUAAGGUGAAUAGAAAUGGAAAUGUUAAUGUCUAUGGUACACCGAUGAUUUAUAACACGAUAGGGCAUGCGUGUGUUUUGAUGAAGAAAGAGUUGGAAGAAUAUAUGGAUUACGAAAUUGGAUCAUAUUGUAAAGAUGAUUGGAAUUUGGCUCAAAAGCUAAUGUUAAAUGGUUGUGAUCCUUUGCCUAGGAGGAGAUGUUUGGCGAGGGCAUCUAAGCUUUAUAAGAAGCCUUACCCUAUUGACAAGUCCCUUUGGACAAUCCCAGAUGGUAGAAAUAUUCGAUGGAGCAAUUACAAGUGCAGGAAUUUCGAGUGUUUAUUGAGAAAGAACUCGAAAAAAGGGUUUGAAAUGGACAAGGAAAAGGUAAAAUGGGUAACAAACUCCUCUGUUCCUGUGGAUUUCUUGAUCAAAGAUGUUUUGGGAAUUAAGGCAGGGGAGAUCAGAAUUGGGCUUGAUUAUGGCGUUGGGACGGGGACUUUUGCUGCAAGAAUGAGAGAACAUAAUGUGACAAUCAUCUCAACUGCCAUGAAUCUCGAGUCUCCAUUCAGCGAGACAAUAGCACUAAGGGGUCUCGUGCCGUUAUACGUGACAUUGAACCAACGUCUACCUUUUUUUGAUAACACGAUGGAUUUGAUCCAUACGAUAGGACUAAUGGAUGGUUGGAUUGAUCUGCAGCUAUUGGAUUUCAUCCUUUUUGAUUGGGAUCGCGUUUUAAGACCAGGAGGAUUGUUAUGGAUCGAUCGAUUCUUUUGUAAUAGGAGGGAUAUUGAUGACUUCAUGUACAUGUUCUUGCAAUUCAGAUACAAAAAACACAAGUGGGCUAUUUCUCCCAAGUCUAAAGAUGAAGUUUAUUUUUCUGCAUUGUUGGAGAAACCUCAAAGAUCUUGA